UGAGUUUAAAACACAACAAUUAUUUGCUUAAGUUCUCCAACUUUAUUUUCCAGGUGUGUCUGCCCAAUCUUUUCUUCAUUCUUUUACACUGGCAAGUGGUGCUUUUAAUCUACAAGUUGCCACUCCAGGGGGGAAGUUAAUUGACUUUGUCGAUGUGAAUGAAAGCAACAUGCGUUGGAUACAGGACUUCCGUAUGAAAUCUUAUGCAAAUCCUGCCAAGCUGGAGUCAAUUGAUGGUGCUAGAUAUCAUGCCUUGUUGAUUCCUAACUGUCCUGGAGCUAUGACUGACCUUGCAAACAGUGGAUACCUAGCUAAAAUAUUGCAGCACUUCAGCAAUGAGAAUAAGCCUAUUUGCGCAGUGGGACAUGGCGUUGCUGCUUUAUGCUGUGCCACGAAUGAAGAUAAAUCCUGGGUAUUUCAGGACUACAGCCUGACAGGGCCCUCUUUAUAUGAGCUGAUAAGGCAGCCCAAUUUUGCCAGUUUGUCCAUUAUUGUGGAGGAUUUUGUGAAAGAUUCUGGAGCUACUUUUAGCGCCAGCAAGCCGGAUGCUGUACACAUAGUUCUGGACAGGCACCUUGUUACAGGACAGAAUGAAAACUCCACUGUUUUAGCAGUUCAGAACCUUAUUCUUCUUUGCAAUGGCAGGUAAGGAAAUCUCUGUAAAUCACAGUGGGAAUGAGUACAACAGAAGUAUGAGUCUCUUUAAACUGCAGUUGAACUACAUGUUUUGUCUCAUGUUUUUUAAUCUCCUUUUACUAACAGCAUUUUUACUUACAAUUAUUGGGUUUGAAAUGUGCAGCUACACUCAGACAGAUAAUGGGGAAUAAAGAAUUUGGUUUUAAUUAGCCUUUUCAUUAGGAGAAAGGAAUCUUUUGUGUAUAAAUUUUUAGUGUCCGUUUCAGAGGAACUUCACCUGUACC